GGCAGCUAAAAGAUACCAAAACACAACACCAACGACGACAAUACCGAUUCCCAGUACUACUACUACUAUAUUACUCCACAGGUACAUUAAUUCCCACACAAGGCAUGACGCCAACCCACCCAUCAUCAUCAUAAAAAACAAAAAGAAAAAAAGAAGAAGAAGAAGAAGAAAAACCCAAUUCUUAAAAACAGAGGUUUUCUGAUAAUCCGUAUUCGCAAUGCCCAAUAUUUCAUCCGUACAGCUCAUAGAAAAUACUCCUCACUAGUACUCCUACCACCACCUGCGGCAGUACAGGCACAGCUGAUCAUAAAACGACAUCAAGGCCGUCGUCUUAUAGUCGUCCCUUCCAUGAGCCCUGAUCUCCUCCCAAUUCGCUCCAAUUGUCAUUUCCACUGCUACUGUCCUCCUUCAAUCAACGUAUAUAAAUUUCGUUACUCGUUUAACCCCUCCUUCCCGGCCACUACCUCUGGCCCACGAGACAGGUGGGCGCGGAUGGAGUUUUCCUCCUCCGCCGCCCGCCGCCACCGCCACCACCCCAAGGACAAGCUCCUCGUCAUCAUGGGCGCCACCGGCACCGGAAAAUCCCGACUCUCCGUCGAGCUCGCCACCCACUUCAACGGCGAGAUCAUCAACUCAGACAAAAUGCAAGUCUACAAGGGACUCGACACAACGACCAACAAGAUUCCCCUCGACGACCGCCUCGGUGUCCCCCACCACCUUCUCGGCGAGGUCGACUCGGAAGCUCACGGCGAGUUGACUCGCUCCGAGUUCCGCUCCUUGGCCGGAAAGGCCGUGUCGGAAAUCACCGCCAGGAGGAAACUCCCAGUCCUCGCCGGCGGCUCCAACUCCUUCAUUCACGCCCUGCUCGUGGACCGGUUCGACCCGGAAUACGACGUUUUCGACGAGCGGUCCGACCAACCGGCGGAUUCGUCGAAGGUUCUCCUCCGCUACAACUGUUGCUUCCUUUGGGUGGAUGUUUCGUUGAGGGUUUUGGAGGAUUAUUUGGUGAAGCGAGUCGAUGACAUGCUCAACUCGGGGAUGUUCGACGAGUUGGCCGAGUUCUACGACCCGGAGGAGGAUCACGGACCGGCGAACUGGACCGGAUUGAGGAAGGCUAUAGGCGUGCCCGAGUUUGACCGGUAUUUCGAGAGGUGCACACCGGGGGAGAAAGGAGAGUGGGAUCGGGUGCGGAGGGAAGCAUACGAGGUGGCGGUGAGGGAAAUAAAGGCAAACACGUGUCAGCUGGCGAAGAGACAGAUUGGGAAGAUUCUGAGAUUAAAGGGAUUGGGGUGGGACCUACGGAGGUUGGACGCGACGGAGGCGUUUAGGGCGGUGAUGACGUCAGAUUCCGGUAAGAGGUGUUCGGAAAUUUGGGAGAGGCAGGUAUUGGAACCAAGCGUGAAGAUUGUGAAGCGCUUCUUGGACGAGUAGUAGGUUUUGCCAGCACUUUCCAGCUAAUUUUUAUUUAUUUUUUGUUUUUUUUUAUAAAAAUUUUGGUAGUUAGUUUUCCAACUUCAAGAAUUUCUUUCAGAAUAUAAUGAGUCACUCUUUCAUUUUUCCCUUUCUUUUGGGAGGGCCAGGCAUUGUGUAUAAGUGAAAGUUCAACAAUCUUGUUCGUGAACAAAGC